ACCAUAUGGGAGGGGCCAUGUGGUUGUGGAGGCCGGUCCUAGAACAGCGGCGGUGUAGAGCUUCAAGCGUGGCUGGUAUUGCCGCUUCUAAGAUUGGAUAGUAGGUUGCCUGUAAAGCCGCCGUAAAGAUGUCUGACGACGAACAGCAAGAACAGACCAUCGCCGACGACUUGGUUGUUACCAAGUAUAAAAUGGGAGGUGACAUUGCCAACCAGGCCCUGAAGGUUGUGAUCGAGGCAGCCAAACCCGGUGUGUCGGUGCUCAGUUUGUGUCAGAAGGGUGAUGCUCACAUCAUGGCAGAGACUGGCAAGAUUUUCAAGAGGGAGAAGGACAUGAAGAAAGGCGUUGCGUUCCCCACCUGCGUGUCAGUCAAUAACUGUGUAUGCCACUUCUCUCCCCUGAAGAGUGACCCCGACUACACGCUAAAAGACGGAGACCUGGUCAAAAUUGACCUAGGAGUUCACGUCGAUGGAUUCAUCUCCAAUGUGGCUCACAGCUUUGUCAUUGGAGCCAGUCAGGAUGCCCCUGUUACUGGGAGGAAAGCCGAUGUGAUCAAAGCUGCCCACCUGUGUGCGGAGGCUGCCCUGCGGCUCGUCAAACCUGGCAACCAGAAUUCUCAGGUGACCGAGGCCUGGAACAAGAUCGCUCAGUCAUUCAAAUGCACUCCUAUUGAGGGCAUGCUGUCUCAUCAGCUGAAGCAGCAUGUCAUUGAUGGAGAAAAGACCAUUAUUCAGAACCCAACAGACCAACAAAGGAAGGACCAUGAGAAGGCAGAGUUUGAGGUGCAUGAGGUUUAUGCCGUGGAUGUGUUGAUCAGCUCUGGAGAAGGAAAGGCACGGGAUGGUGGGCAAAGGACCACCAUCUAUAAGAGGGACCCUAGCAAGCAGUACGGCCUGAAGAUGAAGACCUCCAGAAUGUUUUUCAGCGAAGUCGAGCGGCGCUUUGACGCAAUGCCCUUCACCCUUAGGGCGCUUGAGGAUGAGGGGAAAGCCCGCUUGGGUGUGGUGGAGUGUGCCAAACAUGAGCUUCUGCAGCCUUUCAACGUACUCAAUGAGAAGGAGGGUGAGUUUGUGGCACAGUUCAAGUUCACAGUGCUACUCAUGGCCAAUGGGCCGUUGAGAAUCACCAGUGGACCCCUUGAGCCAGAACUCUACAAAUCCGAACAUGAGGUCCAGGAUCCUGAGCUCAAGUCUCUGAUACAGAGUUCGGCCAGUCGUAAAGCACAAAAGAAGAAGAAGAAGAAGGCUUCCAAGACAGCAGAGAAUGCCACCGGGCAGCCAGCUGAGAACGAGGUUGCAGAAUAGAUUAAACGAACACAAACACCCAUGCACACGCACAGUUUCAGACAUAAUAACACCCCUAGUACAGAAGUACAGAAGGCCCCCCCCCCCCCCCCCCCCCCCAACCUGAUUGCUUAGAUUAUUAGGAGCUAGUUUACCUUUCUAGUUACUAGCCCUCACAAAAUAUGUGUGUGAGAUUGACAGUUGGUCUAUUGUGGUGCCCCAGAAAUGCCUUGAAAUGUCAACCUGUCAUUUUUACAACUCCAAACACGUAAGACUUACAAGGCACCCCCUUAGGUUUCUAUUCAAGAAUUUCAUACCCUGUUUGGUACAUUCUUUGCAAAAACCCAAUUUGAAUGAAAACUGGAACUAUGCCUUUUUCACAUGCAAUUAAUUAAAAAAAUGAGAGAAAUAUCAAAAUAAGGUGUCCAUGCGCAGUUCUUUCUCUGAGUUGCGCUUUCCAGCACACUAAAUUGAACCUGAAUAUCAUGGUUUUGUGUCUAAAAAGGUUUUACGUAAAAGUUUCAGUCCCCCAUAAACACCAAGUGUGAUCUAAAGUUGUAUCUGUAUGACUUUGGGUUUUAUCGUGUUGCAAUAAUUAACGUGUUACAUGUUCUGCAAGUCUAACAUUAAGAGACUAAAUAAGGUGUUUGUAAAACCAUCCUUGGUAUUUCUUUGAAUAGAAAGGACAUUAUGGGAACCCCCCCCCCCCUCUCUAGAAUACUUCUUUGGAAGGUACACCUUUCUGUUGGGGCAUUAGAAUAGGAAUUCUUGAAACAGAACUCUGAAUUCCUGCACACUUGUCUUGUUGGGUAGAUUGGAGGACUUGUAAGUUGGGAAUUUUUGGGGGUUGUUAUCCCGUUACUGCCAUCCCUUUCCCUUUUUCCUCCAGGAGCUUGUUAACCGCAUUUUGUCGUCAUUUCGUCGUCACAACAUGAUUUUGAUGAAAGCAUAGCAAUUAUGGCACUCCAGAAUUUUAAAGAUGUAAAAUUGCUAUUCUUAUUAUUUUGGUUUAUGACUUUAACGUUUUAUUCUGAUUUCUUUCAUUUCAUGUGAAAUACCCCACGCGGGAUGUCUACAAUGUUUUCACCCCACCAGAAAUGUUUUCUAUAUAACCAAGUGGCAUUUCCUUACACGUUAUACUUUACAUACACAGCAUUGGUGUUGUAGAAUCUGAACCUUUGAAGCAUAAGUCAACCUGGUCAUGGGAGGGCAAUGAAUUUCACGGUUUUGUGUUUUUCAUUUGUUUCAUUUCUGGUCAAAUGGUGUCCAGAGCUUUUGAUAUACAGGAGGCUUGAGUACAAGGUGUGAUAAAAGAGCGAUGACAUCUUGGGACUGUUUUACAACUAAUGAAAUAAAGUAACCUUUGAUUAUG